AACAGAGCAGGCAGCAGAGCCUCGCCGUCUCGGCGUCUCCAUCCUUUUUGAUCUCGCUUCCGCCGCCUCCGGCCGACGGGGGAAGACCUCUCCGCUCCCCGGCCAUGGCUCCGCUUGCCAACGUGGCCAUCAUGGUCGGCUCCGGCAUUGCUGGAUCGAUUCUUACGACCUACACGAAAGUUGGGGAUGUAUUAUCUGGUGGACUCGAAUUUGUGAAGAAACAUGGGGAAGGUGGUGGGGGCGCGAAGUCUAGCAGCGGCCAAGAUACUGCUCAAUUGAUGUCUCAGGUCAACAUUCUCAGGGAGGAGAUACAGUCAUUGACCGUGAGACCAGCUAUGGUGGUGACAUCUGCUGCAAAAUCAGGAUCUGGUGCAUGUACUGUAACAGCAGUCGUCGUUGCUGGGGUUGUUGGCUAUGCAUACAUAAAGUGGAAGGGCUGGAAACUCUCUGAUAUGAUGUUUGUGACAAAGCGUGGCUUAUCCGAAGCUUGCAAUGUUGUUGGUAGCCAGUUGGAUCAAGUUUCAGAUGCUGUUGUUGUUACAAAGAAACAUCUAGCUGGGAGGAUUGACCUUGUGGAUAGUAGUUUAGAUGAAAACAAGCAGAUCAUCGAAGGCACAAGGGAUCAGGUUGCAGUCAUAAAUAUGGAUCUAAGUGCUUUCCAGGAGGAUUUACAAUCAGUUAAUCUUGUUGUUCAAACUUUGGAGUCGAAGAUGGGGCGCCUUGAAUCCUCUCAGGAUCAAACAGUAGAUGGAAUACAUCACUUGUGUGAGUUCACCCGAAAAUUGGAACCUGCCAAGAAUGGCAAUGUUGGCCAGGUACCAUCAUCCAUUCCUGCAAGCAUUGGAUCUUCCUCAGAGCGAAUUGUGAGGGCUACUUGUUUGCCUCGUCCUGCUCCACGCCUAGCUCUGGAAGAAAUCCCACUUGUAGCUGAAUCACCUAGAGCAGAGUCACCCCAGGUUUCAUCCGCAGCUGAAUCCUCUAGAGCAGAGGUAUUGCAGGAGCAAAAGGGUGUUGGCAGCCGAACAUGGUCUACAAGCAGUGAAGGAUCCUCACAUGUCAUGUCGUCCUCAACUGAGGCUAGCAUGAACACAGCUAAGCCAACAAGCUCAAGUCGAUUCAGUGGGCUGCGGCUACCUGGGCUUAGUUUUCUUGGGGCUUCUUCUACUUUAAGUUAACGGUAACAUUGGAAAUGCCCCAUGCCAUAGCAUAGCUUUGUGGUCGUUGUGGUAGCAAGGAAGAAACAUGAUAGCAAUACGGGUGGGUGAGACCCUCCACCCUUUUCUCCAAAUUUUGUAGAAACAAAUCUUCUCUGUAUAUCUAGCAUCCAUGGGGCGAACAUGUCUUGCAUUGACAGCAAAGAAAGAGAUCAUUGUUUAUGUUUC